AUGCCGACCACUCGUGGAUCAGGCGUUACACCCUGGGUAACAGCAGGUGUGGCCUUUAGAACCCGUUCCACUUCCACAACGGAGGCGCCUGGCAGCACCCGCUUUCAACGCACUACAGAGGGAGACUUCACCAAGCAGAAACAUCGAACCACUCGCGAAUCAGGCAGCACAUCAUCAGCAACAACAGGUGUGCCCUUCAGGACCCGUGACACUUCCACACCGGAGGCACCUAGCAGCGCGCGCUAUCCAGGAACCACAGAGGGAGACUUCACCACGCAGAAAUUUCAAACCAAUCAUGGGUCAGGCAGCACACCCUUGGUAACAACAGAUGUGCCUUUCAGGACUCGUGACACUUCAUCAACAGCGGUGCCUAGCAGCACCCGCUUUCAACGCACAACAGAGGAAGAUUUCACGACGAUGAAGUCUCGAACCACUCAGGAAUCAGGCACCUCACACUUGUGGACAACAGGUGUGCCCUUCAGGACCCGUGACACUUCCACACCGGAGGCACCUAGCAGCACGCGCUAUCCAGGAACCACAGAGGGAGACUUCACCACGCAGAAAUUUCAAACCAAUCAUGGGUCAGGUAGCACACCCUCGGUAACAACAGAUGUGCCUUUCCGGACAUCACCAACAGCGGUGCCUAGCAGCACCCGCUUUCAACGCACAACAGAGGGAGAUUUCACCACGCUUAAGUCUCGAGCCACUCAGGAAUCAGGCAGCUCACACUCGUGGACAACAGGUGUGCCCUUCAGGACACGUGACACUUCCACACCGGAGGCACCUAGCAGCACGCGCUAUCCAGGAACCACAGAGGGAGACUUCACCACGCAGAAAUUUCAAACCAAUCAUGGGUCAGGCAGCACACCCUUGGUAACAACAGAUGUGCCUUUCCGGACCCGUGACACUUCAUCAACAGCGGUGCCUAGCAGCACCCGCUUUCAACGCACAACAGAGGGAGAUUUCACCACGCUGAAAUCUCCAACCACUCAGGAAUCAGGCAGCACACACUCGUGGACAACAGGUGUGCCCUUCAGAACCCGUGACACUUCCACAAUGAAGGCAUCUAGCAGCACGAACUAUGGUGGCACAACGGAUGGACACUUCUCAACGCAGUGA